GACAGCAGACCGGCUGUCCCAAGCUGCGCUGAUCCUUCACUCUCCGGCACCGAGCUGAAGUCCGCCUGCAGACACCUGCCUCUCCGAGAAUAACACAGCGGCAGCAGGAGGAGGCUCAGGGAGCAGAACCAAAGCGAGGACCGCUCUGUGCCAUCCACUCCGUCCUGCGGGAGGACAGGCUGCUGCGCUGCUUGGAGACCGCGGUUUGUUGUCGUUACCAGGAGAGAAAGCUGCUCCGCUUCUCAUUAAGCCGGGCUGCCCUCACAGAGGAGCCACUUGCAUGGAUGCACCAUGGCCACGUUUGUCUGCAGGGUUCAGUUUUUAGAUGAUACCGAUCCUUUCAACAGCACCAACUUUCCAGAGCCGACCAGACCCCCCCUGUACUCCUUCAGAGAGGAUAUCCCCCUCAUCAACCAGCUCGCAGGAGUCCACCGGCUCCUCAAAGCUCCGCACAAGCUUGAUGACUGUGCACUUCAGCUGUCCCACAAUGGAACCUAUCUGGAUCUGGAGUCCUCGCUGGCUGAGCAAAGGGACGAGCUGGAGGGCUUUCAGCAGGACGACACAGGGUCCAGAGGGAAGAAGCACAGCGUUAUUUUACGGACCCAGCUGACAGUCCGCGUCCACGCCUGCAUUGAAAGACUAUAUAACUCCAAUGGACGUGACUUGAGAAGAGCACUCUUCUCUCUAAAGCAAAUUUUUCAGGAUGACAAAGACCUGGUCCAUGAGUUUGUGAUGGCUGAAGGUCUGACGUGUCUCAUCAAGGUGGGAGCAGAAGCUGACCAAAACUACCAGAACUACAUAUUAAGAGCUCUCGGGCAGAUCAUGCUCUACGUGGACGGGAUGAAUGGCGUCAUUGGCCAUCCUGAGACAAUCCAGUGGCUCUACACUCUCGUUGGCUCGAAGUUUCGUCUGGUGGUGAAAACAGCUUUGAAGCUGUUGCUGGUGUUUGUGGAGUACUCAGAAUCCAACGCGCCACUGCUGAUCCAAGCCAUCACCUCUGUGGACAUGAAGAGAGGCAGCAAGCCAUGGUCCAAUGCUAUGGAGAUCUUGCAUGAGAAGGAUGGAGUGGAUACGGAGCUUCUCGUCUAUGCAAUGACCCUCAUCAAUAAGACUCUUGCAGCACUGCCCGACCAGGAUUCAUUUUAUGAUAUGGUGGAUGGUCUGGAGGAGCAGGGCAUGGAGACCGUUUCCCAAAGACAUCUGGGGAGGAAAGGAACCGAUCUUGACUUGGUCGAGCAGCUUAAUAUAUAUGAGACGACCCUACGGCAUGAAGAUGGUGAUGAUGACAGCCAGCCUCCACCAAUGGUACGCCGGGACCGCAGGCGAGCCAGCGUUGGGGGCGGGGACAAAAGACAUGGCCUGGAGAGGAGGCGGAGCCGCAGGGCUUCUCUUGGACGAUCCGGUUACGCCUCGCCCUGCAGCCCCGCGUCCCCACAGAGAGCCGGCUUCCAACCUUUCAAUGGAAUCGGAUCUGAGGACGUGAGCGAGAGAGCACUGUCAGGUUACCUUCAGUCCAUAGUGGAGGAAUGUGAGGAGGAUAGCAUUGAGGAGGAGAAGGAGGAAGAGGAAGAGGAAACUCCUGUGACUGAGUCUGAUUCGGAUGAGCAGGAGGGGGCUAAUGAGACCACCUCCAGCCCCGCUAGACAUCUUCCAUCCACUGUUCAAAGAACAACCCUUCAGUCCAUCACCAUCACGUCCAGAAAGGAGUCUGUAAAGGAGACAGAGCAGAGGAAUUGGAGUGAACCGACCCCAGCAACAACUACCACCACCAGCAUUUCGUCCCCCUCUACCCCAACCCUUUCUCCCACUGUGUCCUGCGCUCCCAGUCCUCCAGGACAGCCCUCGCUCCUGGCCACACUGCUGGCCAGAAAAAAGUCUAUCGUCACUGUGCCAGCUACCAAGGAGGUGAGCCCGCCGUUGCGUGGCAGCUCGCGCCCCUCCCCCGACCGCCUGCCCUACCUGCCCCACUCGCCCUUCCACCUCUUCUCGUACGAUCUCGACGAGGAGCCGUCGCCGCCGGCUCUGGGAAAGCCAAGCGAGGAGUCACCCAAACCAACGACUCCCAGGAACGGAGCCCUGACGUCCUACUCCUCUCUCAGUACCCCGAGUACACCUACCAGCUCAAGACCUGCUCUGGGAGGCCUUCUGUCCUCGUCCUACCGCCAGCACCAAGAAUCUUUGGCAGCUGAGCGAGAGCGCCGCCGUGUGGAGAGAGAAGAGAGGCUACAGAAAAUAGAAAGAGAGGAGAGGAACAAGCACAGCCGCGGCUAUGUGGAUAAAAUGGAAGAGGCCCGGCUCGCGCGGGAGGAGAGGCUGGUGUUUGAGGCCUUGCGCUGCCGUGUUAUUCUAACCCUGCCGGUCUCAGUAAAUAACUCUGAUGUUUUUGUGACAGAAGAAGCCAACGACUUUAGUGCCAGCGUAGACGCAGAGGAGAAAGAGGUAGAAGCCACUGCUGAGGAGGAGGAAGAGGAAGAACGGAAAGAUGUGGAAAUAGAGGAGGAAGUGACAGCAGAAGGGGAAGAGGAAGAAGUUGAGGAACAGGCAGAGGAACCAGAGAAGGAGAGAGAGGAGGCAGAGGAGGACAGUGGUAUCCUGAGCGACAAGGAACGGCAGAAUGAGGAAGUAAACGAGAAGGACAACUGCUCAGCCUCCAGCAUCUCCUCCGCCAGCAGCACUCUGGAAAGAGAGGAGAGGGGCAGCAAUGAGAGCGGCUUUAAGGAGGCAGAGGUGAAUGAGAACUGCAACAAACUCCUCAACAGCAAACUCUUUAUGCUCGACAUGCUGUACUCCCAGAACAAGAAGCCCAGCGAUGAGGAGGAAGAGGAAGAUGUGGACAAGGAGAAGGAGGAAGGGGAAGGGGAGGACAAAGAGGCUCAGGAGGAUGCAAACAGGCAACCUGGGGAAGACCAAGAGAAGAACAGCAGGGACGAGAAGUCGGACCAUCGCGGCAGCAUCCGACCGAUCGCCGAGCGGUUCGGAGACUUGAUCAAGGACAUCAGCACGGCUCACGCUCACUUGGACAGCCCAGCCAACGAGCCCCCUCCUCCCCCGCCCAAAAAGGAAUCGGACACGAUCUGGGACCAGCUGCUGGCCAGCCCUCGAGAGCUGCGCAUCGGGGACAUCAACUUCACCGACCUGACAGAGGAAGACGACAAGGACAUCCUCGAUGCCGUUUUGAUGGGGGGCUGCGGCGAGCUCCCGCCCCUGCCCCCACCUCCGCCCUGCAUCCCCCGCUUCCCUCCACCCCCACCCAUGUUGGGCAGUUGCCCUCCGCCCCCACCCUUAUUUGGCAGCAUGAGGCCUCCACCUCCUCCUUCAUUUAACGCCCUAAUUCCAGUGCCUCCUCCCCCAGAGCCGCCUCUCUUUAACAAAAAGAAGAAGACGAUCAGACUCUUCUGGAGUGAGGUGCGUCCGACAGACUGUCAGUACAGGGACUACAAGAGGAGUGGAGAGUCAUUCUGGUCCAAACUGGAACCGGUGAAGUUGGACACAGCCAAACUGGAACACCUGUUUGAGACAAAGUCAAAGGAAAUACCAGUUACAAAGAAAACAGCGGCCGAUGGCAAACGCCAAGAGAUCAUCGUUUUGGAUUCCAAAAGGAGCAACGCCAUCAAUAUUGGUCUGACAGUCCUGCCUCCACCUCGCACCAUCAAGACAGCCAUCCUCAACUUUGACGAGUAUGCUCUCAACAAGGAGGGCAUUGAGAAAAUCCUGACGAUGAUUCCCACAGAGGAGGAGAAGCAGAAGAUUCAGGAGGCUCAGCUGGCCAACCCUGAUGUCCCGCUGGGCUCUGCAGAGCAGUUUCUCCUCACCCUGUCCUCCAUCAGUGAGCUCUCUGCCAGACUCCAGCUCUGGGCCUUUAAAAUGGACUAUGAGGCAACGGAGAAGGAAGUAGCAGAGCCACUGCAGGAUCUGAAGGAGGGUAUGGAUCAGCUGGAGAAGAACAAAACUAUCCGCUACGUCCUCUCUACGCUGCUCUCCAUCGGAAACUUCCUCAACGGCACCAAUGCUAAAGGCUUCGAGCUGACCUAUUUGGAGAAGGUUCCAGAAGUAAAGGACACGGUCCAUAAGCAGUCACUGCUCCAUCACGUUUGCUCUGUGGUGGUGGAAAACUUCCCUCAGAGCACCGACCUCUACUCAGAGAUAGGAGCCAUCACGCGCUCUGCAAAAGUGGAUUUUGACCAGCUGCAGGAGAACUUGUGUCAAAUGGAGCGGCGCUGCAAAGCCUCGUGGGACCACCUGAAGGUCAUCGCCAAGCACGAAAUGAAGCCCCAGCUGAAGCAGAAGAUGUCCGACUUCCUCAAAGACUGUGCAGAGCGAAUCAUCAUCCUUAAGAUUGUUCACCGCAGGAUCAUCAACAGGUUCCACUCCUUCCUGCUGUUCCUUGGUCACCCGGCCUACAGUGUGAGAGAGAUCAGCGUCCACAGGUUCAGUAAAAUCCUCAGCGAGUUUGCGCUGGAGUACCGGACCACCCGAGAGCGUGUGCUGCAGCAGAAACAGAAACGAGCCGACCAUCGCGAGCGCAACAAGACCCGAGGAAAGAUGAUCAUGGACGUAAACACUCCUUCUGAUGAUGAAGAGGAGCGUGAGUGUGGUCGGAGUAGCGCAGGGAGCAACAACAGCGCCCCCAGUGGGGGUCAGGAAAUUGAGCAGCCUCAGGGUUUGGAGCAUGCCGAGGAUGCUGCAGAGCACGAGCACAUGAAAGCGGUGCUGAGAACCAGCCUCGGUGGCAGUGACAAGGAGGGCAGCGGCGUGCCGGGACUGCGGACACGGACCAGGUCACGGCCUGGACGAGGAGGACGCAGCAUGCAGGCAUGGACUCCGCCUGUGGAGGACACUCAGAUCUGUGGAGAUGAUGCUGCAGAUGAAAUCAUGGAGCGCAUAGUGAGGUCAGCCACUCAGGGUCCAGGAACCAGAACCCAGCCCAGAGAGAGGAGGAGAUCCAGGGCCAACCGCAAAUCAUUGAGGCGGACGCUGAAAAACGGCCUGACGCCAGAAGAAGCUCUCGCUUUAGGGCUAACUGAUUCCCCAGAGCCACAGAUGUGAUCAUCCACCUCUCGCCGUGAAAACUCAGCUUCAGAUGUCUGUGUGAAAUCUCUGUCAGCCUUUGUCCUUUUAGGUUUUUCCCAGCGGCUCUUUCUGCCUGAUGUUUCUGAGUGAAGAGGCGGCAUUACGACAUUUUCACCUUCCAGAAGAAACAGUGGAGGUCACGAGGGAAUGCUUCUCAUAAGGACUGAUUCUGUUCAGUUAGGCAAGGAAAAGGAAAAUGUAUUCAAGUGACGCUGCCUCUACACUGAAUUAUUUAUUUAUCUGAAAAGGAUUUGAAUGCUGGGAUGAUUUUCGCUUGUGAGUGUCAGCAGCUGUGACGUCGCCGUUUUUGGGGUUUGUUUGGUUUUUUUUCAUUUGUUUAAACUGUGAAUUUUGGUUGUGAAGUUUGCCAGGCUGAGGAUGAAUUUGAAUUUGUUCCCAGGAGAAAAAACAAAGAUUAUCAGUAAGAGCAUCUACACAUCUGAAAAGUAAUGAGCGUGGCUGUGCUUUUGUAGGGACGCGAAAGGUUAUCAAGCUGAUGAGUGCCUUUCACUUCAAAGGGGCGAUGCUGUACCUUCGUUCUCUCUUCGUUAACAUAUUCACGUCCUAAAUUUCACUUCCUAAGACAUGGUUCUCAUGAGUAUUACUGUUGAAAAUCUCUGUUCUGUUUGUUUUUUGUUUUUUUUCAGUAUUUAUUUGCAAAGCUCUGACGUCUUGCACCUUAAAUAACAUUAAAGUGGACCCAUUGUGCUCAUUUCCCACUCCAUAUUUUUAGUUUUUUGGCUCCGCUAGUUUAAAAGGAAUCCUCUUUAAUCUUAACACAAGCCGUUUUAACUCCCUCCCCCGCCCUUUAAGCCAACUCUUUUCUGAUUGGCUUUCUCUUAAAAACAAAAGAUUUGAUCGUAUUAGGGAUAUCUGCUCUCAUCGAUCAUACAGUGCCAUGAGUAGGAAGGAAAAAAGGCUCAGUUUUGAAGUGUGUGGCUCACGGGGUUACUGCAUAUAUGCUGACCCGCUUACUUGAAACUGCAUACGCCAGUGUAACAGUGCAUAUUUGCCAGAAAACGAGGAAGAGCAUAAUAAGUCCACUUUAAUAGUCUCAUGCUGAAAUGAACGACUGAUUGAAAACACAAAAAAUAGUUUUUAUCUCAGAGGAACUGUUUGUAAAGUGUAAAAAGAAAAAAAAAGAUAUGGACUUUUUUUUAAAAAACAAAAACAUUUUAAUAAUCUAUUUUGAGGAACAUGCAGACAGUUCUGCAGGAUAUGUGUAAAUGCCCUUGUCAGCUGCCAGGUCCUAAAUACUGUAAACUCUACAGUGUGCAUGUUUAGUGCAUUUCACAUUGUGUAUUAUUUUUGUAAUUGCUGUAGAAACUUGUAUUAUAGUCUGAGACAAAGGAUCAAUUGUGGCUUGUUUUUUUCUUUCUGUGGAUUGAAGGAAUGUGUUGCUCCCUGCUGAGAGAGAGAAACAGAGAGAGAGGAGCAUUAUCUGGACGUUCGAUUUGAGCUCUGUGGUCACACUCAUGUCACGUACCAACUUGAACAGUCUAGACGCAAGAAACUGGGAAACACCACUGCAUGAAUGCCAUGUAGUGAGCUGAACGUUCUUAUAAACACUUUCACUUGAAAUGGCGUGUAUACACAUUCUGCAAUAAAAAAAAUAAAAACCAUAGAGUGCAAA